UUUCUUUUUGAAAGGUAAACAACAGACAGACCUUCAGCCUCGUGAACUGUCAUGAUCUCCGACACAUAUAAAUGAAUAAUCAGUCACGGUUUAUGACUCUUUUAUGUGUCUGCAGGUGUAAUACAGGCCGACAUAAGUGCUAAUACACACAAAGAUCGGACAUUUCUGAGCGAAAUCGCGGAGUUUCACGCAUCGAGUUUCUGAUCAGCGGUAAAAUGAAGGUGCUUUUCGGGGUGUUUUUGCUGAUUGCUGUCCUCACGUCUUUGAUGUGGAGAGACACGUUUGACCCAGAGUCAAUUCGUGGGACCCGAGUGUUGAUCACAGGGGCCAGUUCAGGCAUCGGGGAGCAGAUGGCCUACCAUUAUGCAAAGUUUGGAGCUGAGAUCGUCAUCACCGCCAGACGAUUGGAGGCUUUAAAAAAGGUCACCCAGAAGUGUGAGAAACUGGGCGCUAAGAAAAUAAUGUAUGUGACCGGAGACAUGUCUGACCCCGCUGACCCCGAGAGAGUCCUCAAAUACACCAUCGAGAAAUUGGGCGGUCUGGAUUUUCUAGUGUUAAAUCAUGUCGGAAACACUAACGUGGGGCUGUGGAACAGAGAUGCAGAUCAUGUCAGGUCACUCAUGCAGGUGAAUUUUGUGAGUUACGUGCAGAUGGCGGGAGCAGCUCUACCUGUGCUGGAAACAUCCGGCGGCUCAAUCAUUGUAGUUUCCUCACUGGCAGGUAAGAUAGCAAGUCCAUUUGUAACUCCGUAUUCAUCUACUAAGUUUGCGAUGAAUGGAUUCUUCGGAGCGUUGCAGAAGGAAUUGGCCAUCCAGAAAAGCAACGUGUCUGUGUCCAUCCAGAUCCUUGGCCUCAUCGACACAGAAUCAGCCAUGAGGAAGAUCAGAGGAUACACCACGAUGACGGCUUAUCCUGCCAGUGAAGCCGCUCUGAGCAUCAUCAAAGCCGGAGCGACCCGUCAGAAAGUGGCUUUUUAUCCCUGGUUCCACUAUUUGACCUGCCUGAUCAAUGAUAUCUUCCCCUUUUUGACAGAUCUGCUGUCAGGCCUCAGGUGGGAUUAAAAGGCAAAAUGCAGGGGUGAAUUCAUUUCAGACAUUAUGAAUGUGGUUUCUGAUAAUUGCCAAAGAACAAAUGCAUUAAGAUGAGUGAAUGAACGCUAUAUGCACAUGCUCUGAGAUGUUUACAAGAUUCCCACGCUUCUUGAAAGUACUUGAAACACCCAGAAAAUUGGGAAAAAGUCUCAUUGACUUAACAUUAGACCAAACUUUGUGACCUCAUCACUUUGCACCAGAC